AUGCGGCCUUUAAAGCUUUUGAAAACCCUCGCCAUCGCGGCUUCCAUCAUUCCAUCCGCGGUCGCCGCCCCUGCCGGAGGAACGUCUUUGAAUACCGCCAACACGGCGACGCCAGCUGAGGAUACUGAAGCCCGUCUUCACGCUGCGGCUCGCAAGAUGUUUCUUCGGAUCCUUAAUGACCCUAACCUCGAGAACGAGCAGUUCAAAUUCGACGCGAUAGACGAGAUUCCAAAUUAUCUCGUAGAUGUGCACCUGGAGAGCACAAAGCCAAAGCUGGAACGACCCUGGGAUGACAAUAAACUCCAAUCGCUGCGGGACCGUGAGGACAAAGGCGCAAACGGCGGUCGUCUUCAGGCUGCGGCCCGCACCAAGGGCCAUCAGAUCAUUCAUAGCCGCAGCCUCGAGGACUAUAAAAUCGAAUACAAGACCAUAGAUGAAAUUCCAGAAUAUCUCAAAAAUGUGGAAUUCAACAAGGCAACACCUGAGGCUCUGCGUCCCAUGUUCGACAGUUGGCUCCUGUGGGAGCAAAACAAAAAGCUCCUUGACGAGAUCCAACGUAAAGACAACUCGAUACAGGCAAUGGCCCUCACAAUCGAGAACCUGGAGGCUAGAUUUGCCCGAAAGCUCCGCAGUACGACGCUGAAACGCCUAAAGCUCAAAGCUACCGAGACGAUGAGAAAAUUCGAGAAUAUGUCAAAGCAGCAUGCCACCCUCAAGAUGCAGCUCGAAGACCUCAGCGGCACUCUCCAGGGACUCAGCAGUCAAUCUGAGGGUGGAUCCUCUCCGGAUAAUAGUCCACGCAGCUCGGCGGCUGGACCGUCCCACAUUUUAAUUCUCUACGUGCCUUGGAGACUCCUCGAGACUCUGCAUCACAUCAAGACUGCUGUCGUCGUACCGGGCGUUGUCAAAGUUCAAGAACUACCAAAAGGGAACCUGUCAACGCUGCCGCAACAUGGCGGAGGUCCAGUCCUCAUGGGUCGCAUUGAAGAGCAACCUGUCUUCGCCCCAGACGUGGAGAAUCCAACAGGAGAGAUUCACGGCACAGACUCGGCCACCCUUUCACUGCCCUCAGACUCUGAAAUUCCCUGCGAACCAAAAUUGGCGCCAUAG